AUGUCCCAAGUAAUCACCCAAAUUAGAUAUAACCCCAAAAGGGACCACUUCCUCUCUGUUUGCCCCACCACGCUCACCGUUGACCUCCUCGAGGAGCGCCUCCUAGCAACAGAGAAGAGUAUAGUCGCUGAAGGAGCUUCUUGUAGUGACCCUCGUACCCCUGUCUUUGAGGGGUGCUCCCCCUCCCCCCUCUUGCCCUCUAUUGCCUCUGCUAUUGCGGCCGACCUCGUUGGUCUUGAGUCGGUCGGCGCGGCGUCUGCCCCUAGCGGGAGACGCCGCCCAGGCAAGGGCAAGGGGGGCAAGGGCGCUAGAGGAGCUGGCGGGGGCGGUGGAGGCGGCGGUGGAGGUGGCGCAAGGGGUGGGGGUGGCGGUGGGAGUGGUGGCGGGGGUGGGGGCGCUAGUGGCGGCAGUGGAGGCGGAGGAGGCGGCGGCGGUGGCGGUGCGGGCGGAGGUGGCGGAGGUGGAGGCGGUGGUGGAGGUAGCGGCGGCGAAGGUGGAGCUGGUCGGGGCGGCUCUACGCAGAGGGUCGGCUCUGAUGGUGGUCAGCGCUAG